AUGUCGGAAGAUAAUAGUAGUUAUUGUAAUUUCGAAACAUAUUCUCUUAUAUGGCUUGAUGCUUCAAUUAACUCAGGAGACAAUAUUGAAACUCAAGCAAAGUUUCGAUCAUUUAUAAAUCAUUUACAAAUAUUCGAAAAUCCUGAUCAAUGUGAACAACAUAUUCGAUCAGUUUUAUCACAAGAUCGAAUUGUUUUUGUUGUUAGUGGUAGUUUAGGUAUACAUCUUGUGCCCAAAAUUCAUUCUCUUCAACAAAUUUUUUCAAUUUAUAUUUAUUGUGCAAAUCUACCAUUUCAUCGUCAAUGGGCUCAACAUUAUAUUAAAGUAAAAAGUGUUUGUGAUCAAUUCAAUGAUUUGAUUAAUCGAAUUCAAUGUGAUCAUUCUGAUCGAAGACAAAAUAAAUCUGAUGAACCAUUAUCAAUGAGUAUAUUCGAUAAAGAUAAUGAUUAUGAACAAUCAACAACAGGUCUUGAUGGUCGAUUUCUUCAAACCCAAUUAUUAAUUACUUGUCUGAUUAAAAUGAAAACGACUUUAACAGAUAAAGAUGAAUUUAUAUUAAAAUGUCGAGAAAUUUAUAAAGGUAAUGAUAAACAAUUAAUAUUUAUUGAUGAAUUUGAACGUGAAUAUGUCGAUGAACAUUCGUUAUGGUGGUAUAGUAGAGAAACAUUUCUUUAUCGUUUAUUAAACAAAGCACUUCGUAUUCAAAAUAUCGAUUUUCUUUUUCUUUUUCGUUUUUUUAUUCGUGAUAUUGAAAAUCAACUUUAUGAAAAUCGUUAUUUAUCAUCGACACGUGUCUAUCGUGGUCAAUUAAUAUCAUUGGAUGAAUUAAAUAUAUUAAAACGAUCACAAAAUAAAUUAAUAUCAGUCAAUUCAUUUCUUUCAACAAGUUUAAAUCGUCAAACAGCUCUUUUCUUUCUUGGUUCAUUUCCUUAUAAUGAUACAUAUGAAAGAGUUUUAUUUGAAAUCGAUGCUGAUCCUCGUAAAGAUGGUGUUAAACCAUUUGCUGAUCUUUCAAAAUUUAAUUGUUUUCCUGAAGAAGAAUUUUUAAUGACAAUUGGAUCAGUUUUUUAUUUAAAAAAUAUUUAUCUUGGUGAAAAUCGUAUAUGGCAUAUUGAAAUGGAAUUAUGCGGUAAUAUUGAUGGUGAUUUACAUAAUACAUUUCAUCAUUUACAAAAUCAAUAUAGUCUGAAUAGUCGAGGAUUACUUGAAUUUGGAAAUCUUCUUAUUGAUAUGGCUUAUUUUGAUCAUGCUGAAAAAUAUUUUCAUCGUUUAUUACAACAAUUAACUCCUCAACAUAAAAAUAUUUAUAAAUGUUAUCAUGGUCUUGCUAAAAUAUGUUGUGAAAAAGGAAAUUAUGAUUUAAGCAUCGAUUAUCUUAAUAAAUCUUUUGCAAGUUUAAAAAAUUUAAAAUUAAAUGAUUCUCGAACUGGAUAUAUUUAUAAUAGUAUGGGUGAAGCUCAACAAAAAAAAGGUGAUAUCAAUCAAGCAUUACAAUCGUACGAAAAAGCAUUAGAAAUUUUUAAAAAAACAUUCAAAGAUGAUGACGAAAAUAUAGCAUGGUGUUACAAUAAUUUAGGGAUUAUUUAUCAGGAUAAAAAACAAUAUAAGGAAGCUCGUGAAUAUCUUAAUAAAGCAUUAACAAUUAAAUCAAAACGUCUUCCACCUAAACAUCCUUGUUUAGCUAAUACAUAUAAUAAUCUUGGUAAUAUUCAUUAUUAUCUUCAUGAAUAUGAUGAAGCAUUGGAAAUGUAUCAGUCAUCCUAUGAAAUCUUAAGUAAAAGUAUGACACCAGGUCAUCCUUCAAUAGCCAGAUUACUGAUGAAUUUAGGUAUUAUUUAUGAAACUACACAAAAUUUUAGUGAAGCAAAAAUGAAUUAUGAAAAAGCACAUUUUAUUCGUACGAAAAUUUUAUCUUCAUCACAUCCUGAUCUAAUUCAUACUAAAAAUGAUAUUAUUCGUCUAUCAUUAAUACAAUAA